AUGCUUGUUGUUUGUGAGUUCAUCUUGGUUUCCCUGUUCCCCCCCGAACAGGUACUCGUCACCAGCACUGCGCAGAAGUGUGAACUCGACGCUGGUGUGGGCCCCCCAGUCGAGGCACCGGUUCUCCCCUCAUCUUGCCCCCCUGCCCCCGACCCCCCUACCCCCGACCCUCCUGCCCCCGCUUCCCCCGACCCUCCUGCCCCCGCUUCCCCCGAUCCCCCUGCCCCCGAUCCCCCCGACCCCGACCCCGACCCCCCUGCCCCCGCCCCCUGCCCCGCCUCCACGUCCCUCACCCCCUCCCGGGCCGCUUCGAGGCUGGCCACGGUCUGGAUGAACGACCAGGCCGCGCUGCUCAGUCGCGGCAGCAUAGUCUUGUUCCCCUCCCGCUUCCAGGCCUCCCUUGCUGCCCUUCCUCCCCUAACCCCGAAGUGCAGGGCGACCAACCCCCCACCCACCAACCCGAGGACCAGCACGCCAUUUUGGGCCCACUCCCAGGGCAUUGUGUGGUUGUCGUAG